AUGUCAUCUAAUGUUCCAAUCGCUGGCAGCAACAUUACCGCGCCAACGCCUCAGAACACGCCUCUGACUCAUGCACCGAUUGCGGCUGGUCUUUCAAGGCCAACUGUCCCCGAUAUCUCAGAGGAUAAAGAAGAGGACAACGACGACGACGACGACGACGAUGCUGAUGCGCUGCGCGAACAGGCACUGGCGAUGGUUCAAGGAAAACUUGCAGGAUUAAUUGGAAAAAGUUCCGGUUAUCUAGAGUCUCUACCUGUUGAGGUUAAACUCAGCGUCGAGGGGCUGAAGGGUAUACAGGUGAAGCACCAUGAACUUCAAAAUCAAUAUAAAAGAGAGUGUCUUGAGCUGGAAAAAAAAUAUCUCGCUCUUCAAAAGCCUCUGUACGAACGCAGAGAAGCCAUCAUCAACGGAUCUGAAAAACCUACCACUGAGGAGAUCACAGCUGGUGAACAGCAGUCUUUGAAAGAUGACGAAGACUACACCCCUGUGCCCAAAGAGAACAUUGUUCCAUCCGCCAUCCCAGAAUUCUGGCUCACCGCUCUCCGAAAUCACAUUGGCCUCGCCGAUCUCAUUACUGAGCGCGAUGAAGGCGCUCUCAAACACCUCCUCGACAUCCGCCUCUCAUAUCUCAAUGAAAACGAAAAAGAGUACGAGGGCAAGCCCGGAUUCAAAAUCACCUUCAUCUUUUCGCCCAACGAGUUUUUCGAGAACGAGACUCUCGAUAAAUCGUACCUUUAUCAGGACGAGGUUGGAUAUUCUGGAGAUUUCGUCUACUACAAGGCGAUCGGAACAGAUAUCAAGUGGAAGGAGGACAAGGAUCUCACCAAAGAGUACGAGAUCAAGAAGCAACGGAAUAAGAAUACCAAUCGUACACGUCUAGUUCGGAAAGCCCGGCCUACGGAAUCGUUUUUCAAUUUUUUCAAUCCUCCUGUCCCUCCAUCAGACGAAGAUCUAGAGAGCGGUAAAUACGAUGAGGAAGAGCUCGAGGACAUCGAGGACAAAUUUCAACUGGAUUACCAGAUCGGCGAGGAUCUCAAGGAAAAGAUCAUCCCAAGGGCCAUCGACUACUUCACUGGGAAAGCCUUAGAAUAUGAAGUUAUGGACGAUGAUGAGGACGAUUACGAGGACCUCGAUGAUGAUGAUGACGACGACGAUGGUCGAUUUGACGAUGUACGCUCACUUCCUUUUCCGUCCUUUUUUUUCCGACUCAUGAUCUCUUUGCAUCCCUAG